UCGUAAUCAGCUGACAAAGAAAUUCGCUUUUUAUCUGUUUUGAUUGGACUUCAAUUAAAUUGACUUAGCUCUUCUAAAAGCACUUAAAUGUGAAUCACAAGUACCGAAUUGUUCCAGCCCUUAUCUACCAUCCUUAUCGACUAUAUACUGAACCCAAAAAAAGAGCCAACAUGAAAAGUGCCCCAUGAAAUGCGGACCAACCCCAGAACAGAAAACUAAACCGGCAGCCAAAUGAGCAGCGCAUGGAAUCCAGCAAACGGCGAGGAGCAGUGUUCGCUCCUUUCGGCGGACAGUUCCGCCAGUUCGGGAGCAGCUGCCUCCGGAUCCGACGAAGAGUCAGUGUCCGCCAGCGGAGCACCACGGAGCAAAGCCAAACUGAGGAAGAUGCAGCGCAGGACUCGUAUGCCGUUGCCCAGGAUGCUGAGACGCCUCGGCUGCUACACGCUGAGCGCGAUCUUCAUAUUCCUGCUUCUUUUGGUAUACCUGCCACUCAUGUACUUGGAUGUGCACAAGCGUAGUGCUGGACUGCCCGACUGGACUCUGGAGACCUCCCGCAGCACAGCCGACUACCUGGAUCCCGUGCACGACACAGCUCUCAUUGUUCCCCGGGAUUUUUGUCGCAACAAGACCUUCCUGGUAAUCGCUGUUUGUACAGGGCUCGACAACUUUGUCCAGCGACAGACUAUCCGCGAGACCUGGGGCAACACCACCGAGUUCAACUACCCAGCAUUUGCCAAGCUCCAUGGUCACUUAAAGGGCCACUAUCUGCCGCCACUCCCAGAGCGUCUGAAGCGGUACGAAGAUUACCUGCAUGGCGAGGGCGAAUCGCUUACCGCCUCAGUGCGAAUUGUAUUCAUAGUGGGUCGCCAGCGGGAAGAUGCCCUUGUAGGCAACGAGACCCUCAGUCGGAUUCACACCGAAGCGGAGCAGUACAAUGACAUCAUUCAGGAGAACUUUGUGGACAGCUACAACAAUCUAACGCUGAAGUCUGUGAUGGCUCUGAAACACAUCAGUCGAAGCUGCUCAAACAGCUCGGCCUUCUUCCUUAAGUGCGACGACGACACAUUUGUGAAUGUGCCCAAUCUGCUGCACUUUCUGCUCGGCGGCACUAUUCCACUGUACAACGACACGCUGGACUACCAUGAUAGAUCCAACUAUUUGGCCACUGCUCAGCACAGUCGAAUGAACGCCAGCAGGGAGGUGAUGUAUGGACACCAGUUCUGCAACGUGGCACCCGUGAGCGACGUGAGCAGCAAGUGGUACAUGCCCUCGUAUAUGUUCCAGCCGGAGAAGUAUCCCAAGUACCUAUCCGGCGCCGGCUAUCUGCUGUCUAUUGAUGUGGUGCAGCGACUGUUUGAAGCCUCGUUAAACACUACGUUGGUCUACCUGGAGGACGUGUACAUCACUGGGCUGUGUGCCCAGCGGGCAAGAAUUAGACCCCACCACCAUCCGCUUUUCAGCUUCACCCACUCGAAGCAGCUGUGUUCCUUUAAGGGGACCAUAGCUCAGCACCAGAUGAAGGACGACAGCAUGGUGGAGGCCUGGAUUCACGUGAUCGACUACUCCAUUAAGUGCCCGCCACCAGGACGCUACUUUAACCAAACGCGACUGCGAAAGCGACCGAUCUGUUAAACAGCGGGUGUGGCCACGAUGUCUUUCACCUCUCCCUGCUCUCUGGGCAAAAGGAAAGGCCCAAUUUAAACUACAUCGAUAGAGAUUUUUGACUUUUAGUUCCUGAAGUUACUUGUAAACCUGCUUCGGAUAUAGAACGUAAUCAGGCAAAGGUGAUAUAUAACCACUCAUACUGUUUGCAUCUGAAAUUUUUUUUAGCCAAGUAUGCUCAUGGUAUUUCUACCAAAUUCUCUCGUAUUCCUUAAAAAAGAAAAACAAAACGUUUGCAAAACUCAUUUAGUGUUAAUAUGUAUACGUAAAAAGAUAUUUAAAUUUGUCAAGGCUGGCACCCCAAAACUCCAUAUCAACGUUAAAAAUAAUGCACACACACAGUAUCGUAAAUGUAUAUUUGGAACACUACAGCUUCCCAAGAAUUGAAGAGUUAAUAAUAACCAUUAGACUUUAUCAUAAAAGUGUAAGUAUUUAUUUUCAUACAUGAGAUCUGAUAUCACAUACGUAUAUAUAUAUAUAACCCUUUGGUUCAAAUUAGUUACUAAAUCGCACACUUCAUACGUUCAUUUGUUGUUCUCCUAUUCGUUUUCAUUUUAAAGCUUCCUUGAGUUUAAAUAAUUGCACACAAAAACUGCAAGUUAGUCUGAUUUCACGCACAAAAAGUGUAAGCUUCAUAACUAUAUAACUUGUAAUAAUUUUGUAAACGUGUGAUAGAAAAGACAGAAAAAAUAUUUAUUGCAUAAGAUUGCCAAAUAUCUAGUUGUGUUUUUGUUCGAAAAAAGCUGAAUAAAAUUCUAAAAAGCAUAAA